UGCUUCUCUUUUUUCUUCCUAUAUAUAUAUAUACCUAACAAGACUAGAUCAAUUCUUCUCACAGAUGUUCCACCAACUUUUCCGAUGGCCGGAGUUUCCAUUCUUCAACCACAAGAUGUUCUCAAAUACCAUGUAAGUUAUCGUCGGAAUUCUACUUGCAACCCUCUACCAAACCCUAACCCUAAGAAUAAACGAAGAAAGCGAAGUCCAGAGAAAAAUGGAUCUGCUAAGUUUUCCACUGUGAAAAUUCUUAAGCGCGGUCAAGUGUUGAAGGUUGUAAAGGAAAACAAGGGUGAAGAUUUGGUGUUGUCGACUACAGAUACGGUGCUUAAGCACACAAGGAUUGCUGAAUUCUAUGCUGGAUGGGGUUUCUCCUCUUCGCCGCCACCGAGCUCUUUGCCUGUGCCGGCUUUCUUCAAGAAGAAAAGUGAAGAUAACCUCGACGCUACAAGUGACUUGAGGCGUCUUCUCAGGCUCGAUCUGGCGGACUAGUUAUAUGGGAUGUUUCAAUGAUGAUGAUUGAAAAACAAGUUUAUGUAUAGCUCAUCAAAGCUUCUCUUAUUUUUUUCAAGGGGAAGGAAUUGUUUAGCUCCUUUAUUCUACCUUAGAAAAGUAGAUCUAGUUAGGUUGUUUUGGAUUGAAUUAUAAUGUUAGUAACCGGUAAGUCCUUCUGUAAUUUAUUAUCUCUUUGAUUUUAUAUGUAGUAGUACAAAGAUUGUUAAACCAAUGGAUUUCAUGUUGAAAUUGAAAAACUAAAAUUCAUUAUUGUUCAUGGCCCAUUUAUGUGAAAUGUCAAACAUACAAAUCAAAUUGCUUAUACUUGGUUGGCAUACAACAAAACACUAACACAAAG